AUGGCGAAUCUCACUUGGCGUCUGGUGUUACAAGAGCGACAGUCUUCCCAACGAGGAAUGUCUGCGCGAGUAGUCUUUGCACAGAGUCAGGAUCAUUCGAUAGGUGCCACAAUAGGCUACCGCAUUGCCAUUCCUGAUGCACGAUCCAUUGGUCUUGCAUCGACUUGGAAAAACAAACUUUCGCUUAAACCAGGUUUUCCGCAAACAGCGCCCAUGGCCUUGAUCCUCCCUACCAUUUCGAGUGGAAACUGCAUCCUCUCCCCUAGAGUUCGCAUGCGACAAAAGGAAGUCUAUCUCGUCACAUUAGAUUCCAUCAUCGCCAAUCUGAAAUUCGGAGACUUUUACGGCCAGAUUCUGCCAUAA